UCUGAUGGAUCUGGCAAGAUUCUGAAUAUGAACUUAAAAGGGACACACUUCAAAACAAUGAUGAUGAAGCUGAACAAUCGGUGGUUAAAGCAAUAACUGUGAAUUUUUUUGUUUUGUUACAAAAGACAAAUCAGCCAGAAUGAAAUCAGAGAUCGAAGUUGUUGAAGAAGCAGAAAGAUGGAUGAGAAAGUAAAAGGAGAACGAUGGAGCGGAGCGAUGACGAAUCUAUCCGAGAUGGGCGCAAAUCUCGAAUCUCUCCAGAAGAUUCUCCUCACCAAAGCCGUCUUCGUCGACGACGAUACUUUCGCUAAAGCCUCUCUCGCCGCCGAUCAAGCCCGCACCAUUAAACUCCUCGAACAACGAGUCCACACUUUAGAAAGAGAACUCGACGCCGCCAUUUCGGCCGCCGCUCGUGCCCGUUCCGAAAAACGACAAGCCGAAUCAUCACAGAAAUCCGCUGAGUUACGCGCUCAAGAAGUCACCAAAGAGCUCGAAAACACCACAAAGGUGUUUGAGCUGCAUAUGGAAGAAUUGCGUUCAAAGCAAGAAGAAAUCACAAAGCGUGAUAACGAUAUCAAACUUUUGGAAGCUAUUAUUCAAACACUUGGAGGAAAAGAAUCAAUAUCUACAUCUUUGUAAAACACUAAAACCUAAUAUUGUUCUCAGUUUGAUUUGUUUCUAUGUAAAUUGAGUUAUUAUAGUUCUAGUAAGUAAAGAUAACAAUUAUCUUAAACACAGUAAUAGAUUUUACUUUUCCUAUAUGAAUAUGAAUUUGAAUAUUCUUGGAUUAUUUA